AUGCCUUUACAGCGACCUCAGGGAGGCCACGAGGAGCACUACGAGCAGAACGAUGCUGGGAGCCCGUGGACCUCACCCCUAACGAAAGCGAGCGGGAUCAUCGCUAUUGCCAACGCAGCGGCCAGCAAUUCACCUCCUUGCAAUGCCUCGCAGCAGUCGCGAGAAAGCAGCACCGAGCUCACCAGCGAUGACGCGUCGCCGCCUGUUCCAACAAAGUGGACUGGCCAAGAAAGCGAAUUGCUUCUCAAAGCUGUUGCCCGAUAUGGCCUGGGCUGGCCGAAGGUCGCGCGCAAGCUAGCCGAACAAGCAGCCGUAUCACGCAGCGCGGGCGCGGCCCGCCAUCGAUACGAGCGCUUGCUCGACAAUGGCCAGAUCCCGGUCUCGAUUCAGAGGGGGUCCGCAUUGGCUUCGAAAUCUAGUCUACAUGGAUGCCGAAAGGACAGUACGGCGCAGUCAAUGCGCGAUCAUCGCCCCCGGACCACCGGCAGCUCGGCCCCUUCGAAGGCAGCCGAUAGAGGCAGAUUCUGGAGCGAAAGAGAGCAAGAUGAGCUGUGCAACAUCGCUAUGAGGCGUGAGCGUAUGGGGUUUCGUCCUUCACACGCUGUAUAUGCUGAGUUCCGCAGGGCAUUUCGAGGGACCAAGAAGACAAAAGAAGAGGUCAUGAAGAAGUACAAGGAGUUUUGUGUCAAAGGAGAUGACAGCUCGAGCGAGGAGGACGAGGAGUCGAGCGGGGAGGAAAGCAACAGCGAUGAAGAGGGGACGGGCGCGGGCGAGGAGGAUGACGACGAUCGGGGCACAACAGACAACUCGACGAGGCGUUCGAGUGGCGCACUUAGCGCUGAAGGCAAUGGCAGGAGCUUGACGAGGGUUGCCAAUCAGUGCAAGCACCAAGCUUCUACGUCGUCUAGCAACAGUUGGUCCAGGGUGCCCCUCCCUCCACCGCACUCGAAUAUCACCCUUCCCUCCCCUCGUCCGCCUUCGCUGGCCAGGCUAGACAGCAUCGCCCCCUCCGUGCACUACACCAUCCAUCACACGUCAAACGGGGUCACCUUGACGUCCUGCCCGCCGGGCUUAGGCAUCGCAAUCUACUCUCCCUGGUCCAUCAGCUUCAUGAGCACGGAGCAGCUUUCCAGACUAACGCAGCCUUCAGCGGCUCAACAUGAGCAGCCAGCCUUCGCCUUCAAGAUCGAAGACGACAGAUUUGCCGCGUGGUCCCAGUGCAGGGCGUUAGGGGCUGCGAAACACUCGCAGAAGCGGACGCAGCACGACCCGAGAAACAAGCACAAGACAUCAACAGCUUCCAAUGCGCUAGCGUUUCCUGAGCACAAGUAUGGUCUGGGGGACCUUGAGUCGCAGUCCGCCACCAAAGCCAGCCGCACCUUCUCCGUCAAGUCAGAGCCGACAACGAAGACGACGACAAUGCCGACGGCCUCGAAUGGGCCUCAAGAAUGGGCACUGCUGCACACAUCGGCCGGAGGCGCUUUGGCUUCCUCCUCAUGCCUUCCAAGUACACCUACAGGCGCUGCGGCGUCUACCAUUCCCAGCCCUCGCGCAAUUCUGAAGGGAGACGGUAGCCCUCCCCUUUUGGCGUCUCGAGCUCGCGUUACACAGUCGCAUGAGGCAACGCCAGUCAGGCAGCUUUCGCCUCUAUUCUCUACGCCACCUCUGUCUACACGGGAAGCAAGCCCAGGCUUCGAAGAGGUUGAGGUGCGCUUGGCCAGUGUCCCAUCGCAAGCACUGUCUGUGCAGGCGUCCAACGACCGAUCUCGCAAUGACGCUCGCGAAGCCAAUCAUCCCGACUCGUCAGCCAGUCGGAGCAUCGAGCCGCGAGAUCUCGACGACAGCUCAGCACACUCAGUCGCCUCGAGUCAGGACAGCGAGUCAUUGACCAGUCUCAGCGACCUAGCGAAAAGUGACGAGGAUAACGAGGAUGACGAGGACGAGGACGAGAGAGAGAAUGAAAGCGAUGGCGACGCAUCAGACGACAAUGGUAGCGCACCGAGCUACCCCUGGCCUGGCUUCGAUUGGACGCGAAGGCAAGAUGAGGCCUUGCUCAGGUCCGUUCAGAAGCACGGCACGAAGUGGACCGCCGUGCAAGAGGACAUGGCUGCGGCUGGCGCUCCCAGACGUACUCGCAAUGCUCUGAGCAUCAGAUACACACGAAUUCGCUCGAAGCGCCAGAGGGACAUCCCCGAAGAUGACGAGCACGACAGCUCCAUAGAGCCACAAAAGUCAGCAGGGUCAUCAACUCAAGGAGACCGGUCAGCCCAGACGGGGGCCCCUGGCUCAUCCCGUCGAGAGAGCCAAGCCAGCCCAUCGACACCAUUGCGUGCCGCAUCCCUGGUCCAAUUGCUGGGCAGGAGCACUAGAGACGUUCCGAUCGGCGCCACCGUAGCAGCUGCCUCUGAUCGCCAUCAACCGGCCCCGCUCACAGGGACUUAUGAAUCAACCCGAAAGCGUAGAAAGCAGAGCGACUGUCACACCUGGACACAAGAGGAGAAGGAGGCCCUUCGCGCCAUCGGGGACAAGCACACGCGGCUGGGUACCGUCCAGAGGCAGAAGGCAAUUUACAAGGACUUCUGUGCCCGCUUUCCUGGGACGAAACUCAGGUCGCACGUCGUCCUCGUCUACUACCACGCAAUGCUUCGAAGGAGCGGCAAUCGGCAGGUCCCUAGCGAGACUAGCGGGGCUUCAAGAGCAAUAAGGGGGACUCUUUCUGCGACUUCUACAUCGUCCAGGUCCGGCGACCAAGCAAGGGGCCCGUUCACUUCUCAGGAAGCUGUGGAAGCGCCUCGAGCGAGAUGUUCAGAGCAUCGCACUCCACCUCGACAGCCACCACCUGGGGCCAAGAGCAGAGGUCGCCCCUUUACGGAGGAAGAGAUGGCGGUACUCAAGCUGAUUAGGCCCAAAAGCUACGCGUCGGCCAGUUCAAGAUGGGACAUCAGCGCAGACGCAUACCGAGUCUUCGUCGAAAAAUUUCCCAACACGAGUCGCUCUGAGUCUUCGGUGAGGCACAAAUACUUGAAAAUGCUUGAAGCGCGGGGAAGUGAUGCCGAAACUAGAGACAAAGAUGACCAAAGAGAGGACGGAGGAGACAAAGAAGCCGAGUCAGGAGACGUGGAGCUGGGCGACGAGACAGGACACGAUCAGAGCCAGUUGGCAGACACCUCUGCUACGGCCUAUGGUAGGAGGCCCUUGCCUCAACCUGGCUGCACCCCGAACAGGUUUUCUUUCAACGCCGACAGCAGCACGCAAGGGCCACCACCAUCUCACGGAAACUUGCUUCCGGGAAGAAUCGAGCCUCAGCCUCAUCAUGUCGUGACCGGCAUCUCUGCUCCAUUGACACGGCCUUCUUUCCAGUUGCCCGAUUCAAGCCCGGCCCCAGCCCCAGGGCAAAGCGCUGGGGCGGACAGCAUCACAUGCGCCAUUGACAUCGAGCCCAACCGCAUCACACUGCGCGGAUGUUCGCCUGGCCUGGGUGUGGGAAUCUACUCUCCAACCUCGAUACGCCUGCUUGGCCGUAAGGAGAUGGUCGACGUCGCUCAGAGGCCAGCGAGGGAGCAGCCGGCCUUCGCAUUUCGCAUCGGCGAGGAUCAGACGCGCUCCGUACAAUUAGUCAAGUGGCCGCCUGGCACAAGCAGUAGCAUGUCAAUCCUGCCUGGUGGGGCUGCGGAUGGUGUGCAGGAGGGCGACAGGCCGAAGAUGAGCAUACAAACGAGCGUGGUCGGGCCGGACGGGUUCACACUCGUGGAGGUAGGCGUCUUGAGCUGGCAGAGCGGGUCAGGAGUGACCGCCACUUCAGGGCCGAAAGCGAUCGCGAGGCCCGAGCGUCGAGGUCAAAGCGGGGGUCCGGCGGACAGGCACGCGGGCGGAGAGCUGAGCGAGACGUCAGAACCAGCUACGCCCCACUCGACGGGGUCACAAGAUGGAGAACUGCCUCAGACGUCCUUCUCCGACCCCUUGAUCCUAUCUCCGCUUUGGUCAUCAUCCCCGCCAUCCGCCGUGACCUCCCUCAGUGACAGCGGGCCCUUGGCUCCCCUUAGAGGCGGCGAGCUUACGGCAUUCAAAGCUCCACUCAAGCUUUCGCUGGAUCAGCAGCCACCUCUCAAGCAGCCUUUUCCUUCAUAUUCGACCGAUUCUCUCUCUCCUUGCAGACUUGACUCAGGCUUCAAAGAAGUGAGCGCACACAUCGCAAGCGCUUCGCACCCCGAGCUCGCACAAGAGAGCAGCCUACAACGACAUCAACGUUCAGCGAGCCACGAGCCCAUUGCAGACGCUUCCGCCAGGCGUUCGACUGAAGCAGAAGAACGCGACGACACCCCUGCGGGCUCACUCUUCUCAGGGGAUGACAGCGACCUCACCGACGAAGAGGAUCCCGAUGCAACAGACGAUGCGAGCGCAGCCCUCACAGAUGAAGGGCACCGACCCCGCAAUUCACAGAGUGCCAAGUGGCCCCUCGCCGAAGGCGCCUUCGAAUGGGACAAGGCCCAGAACGAUCUCCUCCUGAGCUCGGUCAAGAAACACGGGAGAAACUGGAUUGCCGUCGCCGCAGAUAUGGCUGCAGCUGGCGCCCCCAAACGUACCGGCAAUGCGCUCAAGGCCCGCUACAAUCGAAUGUGUGCUGCUGUCAAGAGAAACGCUCCAGCUGGACAAGUGACCCCGCUGCGCACCGCCUCGCUCCCUCAGCUGACUGGAACCAGCACAAGGAUCACGUUGGGCAGCAGCGCACUUGCUUCCUCAUCUCGAGACCAGCCUAUCCCACUCACCGGCCCUCUGCCUGGACCUCGCAAGCGUAGAAGGCUCGAACAGCACAGCUGGACGGAGAAGGAGAAAGAUGCUCUACGUCGUAUCGCGGACAAGCAUGCCCAACUGCCGUACAAAGCCAAGGAGACGGCCUUCUUCAAAGACUUCGCAGCACUCUUUCCCACAACAGCAAAGAAGCUCAGCCCACGCUUCGUCUUCAAUUACUACAAUGACUCGCUUCGUACGCCCGUAGGGAGCCGACCUCUCAUCAGUGGAACAAGCGAGUCGAACAGUGGGCAGGCAGCUUCCACCUCGCAGCAACGGGCUCUGCCUGCUGAGGAGCCUGAGCCACAUGGCAACGGAUUCAAGUUCACCAAUGAGGAGCUGGCCUUCCUUCGGACCAUCAGGCCCAAGAGUGAGGGCGUGCCCAAGUCGAGAUGGAGCUUGGGGUCAGGUGUCCAUCGUGCCUUCAAGGAAAGGUUCCCGGAUAGCACGCGUUCUGAUGCUUCAGUCAGAACCAAGUACUUGCAAUUGAUGGAUCAGGGUCAGCUUUUGGGGGGAAGUGAGCGCGUUGAGGACAGUCAAGCGUCCAGGAGAAAGAACGUCACUGGUCCGGGACUCACUGAGCAGCAGGCGCGAGCUCUCCUUGCGAAGCAGCCUACGGCAGGCCAGAACAUCUCAUUGGGCACCACAAAGGCGUCGGAUGUCAAUGAUAGGCAGAAAGGGGUGGUCAACAAUGACAAGCCGAUGUCAAGCACGACGCUGCUUAGUCGCCAGGGCAUUCUUGGCGCCACGGUCGGUACGGCCGGCGCUCCUUCGUCCCCCAUUCAGCGUCCAGUCCACUCGUCGCAGGGCUCAAGCUCAUCCAUCAACUUCUCGAUUAAUGUCGAGGAUCAAGUCAUUACGCUUAGCAAUUGCCCUCCUGGGCUUGGCGUAGCCGUCUACUCUCCUACGUCGAUCCGCCUCCUUGGGCGCCAGCAGAUGCUGGACCUCUCCUCAGCAUUAGAGCAACCAGCUUUUGCGUUCCGUAUCUCAGAGGAUGAGAGUCGCUCCGUCCAGCUUGUGAAUUGGCCGCAGGGCACCAGCACGAGUAUGGCGAUUGUUUCUGGCAAUUCCGCAGCGGAAGGGGGCAAGGCGGGCCCUUCCUCAAUCAAGAUGGAUGCUCAGCCUCGCAAGCGCCGUAUUGUCCUCAAAAGCGGUGGAGGCAUCCUCUCGUCUGCCAUUCGAGUUCCCGCAACUCCUCCCCAGGGAGGUGCGCUGCUGGGUCCUCAUUCUUCGCCCUUGUUCCGUACACCUCCUUUGCCCCCACGCAAGAGGAACGCAGGCUCUCAAAAAAGCCAGCAAGACGACAUCACCUCGGCAAGACUACUUUCUGGGCUCGCUCUCACUCCUGCACAUCCGAAAGAGCCAAGUGCUCAGCAUUCAGCCAGCCUCCCCUUUGACGAUCGUCACUUCCAUGGCGCCGACAACGGCUCGGCCGUCUCCCUCUACGAUGACUACCACGAAUCCGACUCCUGCUCGGACGAUCUCAGUGAGCCAGUCUCCUCUCACGACGAAGACUUCGACCCCACCAACCCCGACAAAGAGCCCAACUACGCACGUGUGGCCCAUCGUCACUCUCACGCUUCAGGUUUGGCCAUUCCCGCUACCACUCUUUCGGGAACUAUUGAGUCGUUUGAGUGGGACAAAAUUCAGAACGACUACCUGCUGAGCAUGGCUUCAAAACUGAACAACGACUGGCUUGCCGUAGGAAAGGAGAUGGAAGCGAAAGGUUGGCCACAGCGUAGCGAAGGCGCUCUAAGGAGGAAAUGGCAGCGUUUGAUGCGCAAAUCCUUGAUUGAUGAAGCUGAGCAGCUCGACAGCUCGGCAACGGGCAUCAACGAGCUUUGCGCAGGAGCGAAGCGUACUGCCGUCAGCCGGCGCAAGAUUAUCCUCACGACUGGCCGCAUCAACAAGAAGAAGCACCCGAAUCACAGCUGGACGGAGGAGGAGAGAAAGACACUGCGCCAAAUUGGAAACAAGCACGACCGGCUCGGCACCCAGGGCAAGGAGAAAGCGAUAUUCAAGGACUUCAAGGAGGUGUUUCCAACUACGCAGCUGUCUCCUCAUGCAGAGUUCAGCUACUAUUGCUCGAUGCUGCGCUAUGCCAAGUCAAGCGAAGUCGUCAAUGAUCGGGAGACCAUGGCUCGGCUCGGUGAUCGAGUUCUGAGUACUUCUCCUCCUCCCCAGCAACAAGGCCAUCAUCAAUCACGUACGAUCAUCCCGCCACGAGACUCAAAAGGGCCUCAUCGAGGGAUACCAUGGACUCAGGAGGAGAUCGGCAUCCUUGAUGGAAUCAAACCUCCACUCGGCGAGGCGAUCACGAGAUCGGCCGUCUUCAAAGCAUUCAAGAUCAGUCUGCCUCAGACAAAGAGGACAGAAUCGUCCGUAAUCCAUAAGUGGCAAGCAUUGUUUGGUAAGCAAACUCGCCGCCUGACGAGGGGCGGAGGCAAGAUUCAUGGCGUGAAAGAGGAGGGACUGGGCCCUCCUGCCAGCUCGAGCUCACUGCAGCAAGUCAAGAACGAACCUGAUGAAGAUCAGCACAUUGUCAAUCGUAGCAUACAGAGCGAGAGCGGAGGCUCUCACGACAUUGGCUCUUCAUCCCAGAACCUCAACAAAAGACUCGACUUUGCUCUCCAGCUAGACACCUACGGCAUCUCUCUCCAAAAUCCUUCAGCUGGCCUCGCAGUGGCGAUUUAUUCUCCCACUCUGGUGCGCUUCCUCGGGUUUGAGCAGAUGCACGCUUUGAGUCAGGCCGAAGAUGAAGAGCAGCCAGCUUUCGCCUUCCAGGUAUCCAAGGGUGGGGAUGGAUCUGUACAGCUGAUCAAUUGGCCCAUGGGCACCAGCACGAGCGUUGAGAUGGUUUCAAACGACGCCAGGAGAGUCAAGCGACAGAUCAUGGCAACUGCAACUGAUGGUGUGCCUGGUAACAAAAGGCGCCACACGCUGGAGCCCAUCAUCAUCAGCGACGACGAUGAGCCUGCAGAGGGCAGAUCGCGGCCGCCGCGCUUCUCCUCCCCUCCUCGCCAGCGUCUCAUGCAUCAGACAGGAGAUGCCCAAUCAAAUCUGACCGACGUAAAGAAUGGAGAUCUCAAUUCCUCUCAGCUGCCCAACUUGCCUGAUGCCUUGGCUAUCAAAGCCUCGCCGGCCUUGCAAGCCCUGACUCGCCAACCAUCAGCAGCUCAACAAGGCCCUAGCAGCCCGCAUGGGAGCGUUUUGCAUGUCCACCCCACUCCAUCAUCGUUGAGUCGCGUCGCCACCCUGGCAGCGAGCACAGGGUCUCACUCGCCCAUUUCAGGACGUAUACACUCUGCCUCAGCAGAUCGCGAGGCCUCACCCACCAGCAGUCUGAGUGAUCUCUUCGACCUCUCGUCAGACAGCGACAGCAACUACGGCGAGUCGGACGGUCACGUCAAAGAUAGGAGGCCUCAAUGGCCAGAGCAUGAGUCCAAGCUUCUACUGAGCUGCUACGCCCGCCAUCCCAAUAGGUGGACUGCGAUUGCCAGGGAGAUGGAGACAGCAGGCAGCCCGCAGCGAUCAACUUCAGCGCUGCGAAGGAAGUAUCAGCGUUUGAUGCGUAGGAAGGCUGCGCUUGCACGCAAGGCAAUUUUUGCCUCAUCAACAAAUCCUGCAGCGAACAAGAAUCAAUCGCGAUCGAACCCAGGUCCUUCGAUUACACAGCAGCAGCUGCCGAAUACCAGCGGCACAACAGCCAGCACGGCCUGUGCCAAGUCAGGCUCGUCUUCAUCCUCCAGGAACCCGCAGACACCUCAACGCCUAGUAGGAAGGCCUCGUAGCGAUCCCAAUCAAGAGACUCACGCAUGGAGCGAAUCAGAGAAGGCCGCGUUGGUCCUCAUUGGAACCAUGCAUGACAAGGCUGGUACGGAGAACAAGGGACAAGCGGUUUUCGAUGACUUUGCACGCGCAUUUCCUCGAACAGCGUCGACCAUGAGCAAAGCUAACGUUACCUCUAUGCUGCGUCAUUUGAAAAUGCAAGGAUAUAGAGGCAGGCUCGGCGGAGAGGUCGAGCAGCAGCUGCAGCAGCAAUCAUCUGGCUCGGCGGCGAUGGCGGAGCCAAUGGCAGAAGCUUCUACCGCCUCAUCAUCCUCAACAGCUUUGCCCGAGAUGUCUCGGGCUCGUGCAGUUGCAAUCACCCCGGCUUCGACAAUGGGCAGCCACAAAAGCCCCUCAUCUCACGACUACCCACCUCGAGUGUUUCGUCGCUGGACACAGUCGGAAACCCAGGUGCUGCAAAGCAUUGCCCACAAGCGCGCCAGCACGGGGCUCGAUGCCACUGCAAAUGGAGUGGGCUGGUACGCGCAGGCCGAAGUGUACGCCGACUUCAAGCGUAGCUUCCCCGACACACCGAGGACGGACAAGUCGGUCGUGUGGAAGUAUCUGCAGCUUGCUCAGAACGGCAAAGCCAGGAGGGUAAGCCACAUCGAGCAUGGAAGCGGCAGUGACGCGGAGGAAAGUCAGGAAGAGAGCAGUGAGGAGGAUGAGGAUUCGCAGCCAGAGACUGCGGAGCAGAGCCUCGCGCCUGAGCCGACACCAGCUUUGACUCAGGCAUCAACGCCUCUAGUCCCCCGAGCUAGUGCCAACAACCUCAUAGCCGUCUGCAACCUAGCGGUCGAGUUCGAGACGAACGGCAUCACCUUCACCAACUGUCCAGCCCAAAUGGGCAUCGCCAUCCACAGCCAAACUCUCUUCACGCUGCUAGAUCCUCAGCAGAUGGAUGCUUUGCAGAUGACACUCUCGAGCUCCUCUUCGAGCGCGCCUGCCUUUGCGUUCAGGUUGCUCGAUGGUGGCUCGGUACAGCUCCUUCAAUGGCCCGAGGGCACAUCGACGAGCAUCUCAUUCGUUCAACGUGCGAAUGAGGGGAACAAGCCUCGCAGCGCAAUGCAGACAAGCAUUGUGGGGCCUGAUGGAUUCACGAUCAGAGUAAUCACCUGGUUACUGUCUGGCAUUGGCGGCAGCCACGGCAAGAUGGCUUCCCCGAAGAUGCCUGGCGACGAGGACGACAGCGGAAUUGCGCUUGUGCCUACGCUGGGCCAUGAUCACGGCCUCGUCGAGAGCACGCUACUUCCUGCUCAGGGCGAAGCUCAGCACCCACAAGCCAAGACGUGUUGCUCCACUGGGGAACAAGGACAACCCUCACCUCUAGACCUGCAAAACACCAUCAGCUUGGCCGACGCCUCCGCCGCCAACUCCUUCCAUACCGCGCUUUUCCAGCCAGGCGUUCGCGCAGCAGGGAAGCCAUCACUUGCGCACGCGUCUGGCAAGUACACACCAUCUCAGUGGCACCCGAUGCCAGGGUCCAGAGGCAGCUCCGCCCAUGACUCUGCCGACGCAGCUCUGGAGCGACACCAGACCGGAAAGCCUACCAGUUGCGAAGACCCAACUACCUCGAAUUCCAGUGCCCUGUCCAGUCCCGACGAGCUAGCCAUAUCCUCCGCAGCCGGUAGCGUCGCGGAAUCCUCUGUCUGCGUACCAAUUCGCCUACCUCGCUGGAAGAAGAGUGAGGCCGAGCUGCUACUAAGCUGUGCCGCUCGUCAUCCCGAUGAUUGGACCGCGAUUGGGAGGGAGAUGCAAGCUAAUGGCAGUCCGCCGCGCACCGAGUCCGCUCUCAGAAUCAAAUGGCGCCGUCUUCUUGACACCGAGAGAGAGUGCAGGGCAUUUUGUGGUCAGGCAUCAUCGUCUGCGAUUCCUUUGCAGAGCCAGGACAACGGUGCUCAGCCCUCCGCGAGCGCUCAGCUGGCACCGUCGACCUAUCAAACGGCCACACCCUCCACAAGUAGCGGCUUUGGGCUUGUGACUACUCCUGUCAGCAGCAGUGCAACCAGGCAAAAGUCCACACACGCUCGAGUGAUAGCCAAACAUCGAUGGACCGACGACGAGAAGCGUAUUCUUUUAAAGAUCGGGCAAAGACACGAGGCUCUCGGCACUGUGGGCAAAAUCCGUUUGAUCUACGACGAGUUCUCUCGAUGUUUCCCCAGCACGACGGCCGACAUGAACCAGCGUACGGUCUACACUAUGUACUACGGGCUCAAGAAUGGUACACAUAAGAUUGCAGAAGAGUCAGGCUCCCAUGCGCAGCAAUCAACGUCAUCAACAUCAUCCACACACUCUGUCCCGACAAGCGUUUCGCAUCAGCACAGCGCUGCAGCCGCCAGGGCUCGUGGUGAAGCCACCGUCCGCAGCCAACCAUGGGAAGAGCAUGAGCUGCUAGCCCUCGAGGAGAUUGCAGACGAAUAUGAAGCGGAAGGAAGCGAAGAGUGGAAUCGUGUAGGGCAUGUAUAUGGAAGAUUCGUCCGCAUAGUUGGCCCAACACAGAGGAGCGAGGCUAGCGUGCGCACCAAGUUUAUCAGAUUGUUUUGCGUGAGUGGAGAUGAGGACGAGGAAGACGAAGAGGAGGAAGAGGAAGCAUACAAGCCGAGGGCGCCGCGCCGCAGCAAGACAAGCCAACUGGACGUAAUCGAUGACAGGGCUGAUGCAAGCCACAGCAACACAGUGACGUACAAGCGGGGCAGCGAUGCCGCCCUUGCGACAUCAGCUCCAUUCAAAGAACAGCAGGACAAGUCAGGGCUCGUAAUAGACGCAACGACAGCUCGAGACAUUGAGACAGCUCCCCGCGAAAUGAUCGCUCCUGCUCAUUCCAACGACACCACCCUCAACAUAGCCUUCGAUCUACAGCCCAACGGUAUCACCUUUGAACGUCUCACCUACGGUCUUGGGAUCGCCCUGUACUCCCCCACACGCUUUCACUUGCUGGAUAAGAAGCAGAUGCAAGGCAUAGCUGGCGCUGCUGCAGGCCUUGAGCUUCCGGCCUUCGCCUUCUCGAUGCAAAAGAACGGGUCCAUCGAGCUGCUCAGCUGGCCCGAGGGUACAUCGACGAGAGUAGAGGCUGUUGGCGGCUCGGGGCACAAGGUGGGAAUGCAGACUGAGAUUAUCGGACCUGAUGGAUUUACAGUCAGAGUUGUUGCUUGGCCUUGAGAAAAACUCCAGUCGAGCGACGAAGAGUGUAGCAACUACUUCGAGUUCUUUUCAUUUUGUUCAUUUCUCUGACCAAAUCAAUCAAUACCACGUGUAGCCUCAUUUGCUCGCAAUGGGGUUUUAUGGCGUCUGCAGAGGCACGAAUUGUCCCGGACCAGAAGCCUGUAGAGGGAGGGCGCUCAGCAUGCAUAGUCAACGGAGGGAUGGCAUUAGGCUGAGGAUGCGCGCAUGAUGCGGUACAAUGCUAGAGAAUCACGAAGUCAGAGACAAGCUGCCAAGUAGAGGGGCUUUUAGACUUGGUGUUGGUGAUGGAGGAAUGCGGUAUCGAUGCGUAUGUGAUGCU